GACAUGCUCUCUGUCAGUCCGCGCUGAUCUCACCACGGUUCCGCAUCUGGAAGAUUGAAUCUGGCAGAAAAUCAAGAAAACCUUAGGACAAAGAAAAACUUCUUGCUGCUUUGAAAUCAAACGUCCGUCGCCCCUUCGUCAUGAGGAGGUCUCUUCCUUUAUCUUGCUGGGUCAGAGCAGUGGGCCUGAUGCUCUGCCUGAGCCAGAGCGCUGUGGCCGUGUUCCUCUCAAACUCCACUCGGCUCGACUCAAUCCUGGACAAGUACAAGGGCAAGGACGGGGAGUGGUGGAGGGCGCGGUCGAGGGGGAAGAGGGCCAUCAGCGAGGAAGACAAGCACCUGAUCCUCGACCUGCACAACAAGCUGCGAGGACAGGUCUACCCUCCGGCCUCCAACAUGGAGUACAUGUUAUGGGAUUACGAGUUGGAGAGGAGCGCAGAGUACUGGGCGCACGCCUGCCGAUGGGAGCACGGGCCGAGCCACAUGCUGACACAAAUAGGCCAAAACCUUGGAACGCACUGGGGCAGAGACAGACCCCCGACCUACCAUGUACAGGCCUGGUAUGAUGAGGUGAGGUACUACAGUUAUCCGUACUCCCAGGAGUGCAAUCCACACUGUCCGUUCAGAUGUUCGGGGCCGGUUUGCACACACUACACUCAGCUGGUGUGGGCCACCAGCAAUCGCAUUGGCUGUGCCAUCAACACGUGUUACAACAUGAAUGUUUGGGGAAUGAUCUGGACCAAAGCCGUUUAUCUGGUCUGCAACUACUCCCCUCCGGGAAACUGGUGGGGCCAUGCGCCUUACAAAUACGGGACGCCUUGUUCUGCUUGUCCAGCCAGCUAUGGUGGUGGCUGCCGAAACAACUUAUGCUACAAAGACGGUGGCGUUGAACGGCAUCCAGCUCCUGAAAGGGAGGAAAACAACUACAUUGAACCAGAACCAGUGAGAGACAGAGAGCCCCAACCGAGGGUCCGAACACCAAACCCAUCACCUAAUGAAAACACGGAGGGAAACCAAGUUGCCAGUACAGAGCAGAUGUCCCAACAGGUUGAGUGUGAGACCAAGCUGAGAGAUCAGUGCAAGGGAACAACCUGUAACAGAUAUGAAUGCCCACCUGGUUGCUUUGAGCGGCCUGGAAAAGUAGUCGGGACUUCUUACUACGACAUGCAAUCCAGUGUGUGUGGAGCUGGGCUACACUCUGGGGUCAUUGACAAUGACGGGGGAUGGCUGGAUGUGACCCGACUGGGUAGGAAGCAACUAUUCACCAAGUCAUACAAGAAUGGUGUCCAAUCCAUUGGGAAAAAUAGAAGUGCCAAUUCCUUCAAAGUGGAGUCAGUACCUGUAAAAGCAAUAAGAUGCGAUACAACAGUGUCACUUUUCUGUCCUUUCAAGAAACCCGUUCGACACUGUCCCAGGUUGUAUUGCCCCAAGAACUGUUUGCAUGAUAGUGGAGCUCGAGUCAUUGGAACAAAGUACUACACCGAUAAAUCUAGCAUCUGCAGAGCAGCCAUCCACGCAGGAGUAAUCCGGAGUGAGUCAGGCGGCUACCUUGAUGUGAUGCCAGUGGACACACGGCGGCAGUACAGUGGCAGUUACCAGAACGGGAUCAACUCAGAGAGCUUACUGAACCCCACAGGAGGAAAAGCCUUCAGAGUUUUUGCAGUCGUCUGAGAAAAAGACCCGAAAGGACAAAGUACCGGCGAUCGUAUCUGAGAAGCCCACCCAGCGUGAAAUUAAAAACCGAUGAUUUUGCCCCGGAGUAAAUAACUCAACUUGUCUGACUCAAACACUUGAAGUUCUACGUGUGUUUUUCCUCAAGGAUUCGCUUGUUUCUUAGGUCAUCGGUGAACUGCUUUCCAGUCAGCCUGUGGCGAAGGAUUUUAUAGAAUUACAGUUUUUCAAAGUCUUCUGGCCUGAACCUUCAGAGUUAGCCACAGAAUGCACGUGUGCCCACAAUGCACUUGUGGCUGCCGUGACAUCGUGACAUCAUGCUUUUUAACACUUAAAAAUAACUAUUACGCAACCAGAUAGCUACACCAUCCCAGCGUGUAAUUAUAGGCGUUAAGGUUAAAGUCUGAUAUCACUUUUAGUCAGAACAUUUCAGAGCUCCUUAAGUCUUUUUCUACGUGCAGCAACUAAAUAAGGGGGGAAAAAUGACUCAACUAGCAUUAAAGUAGGAAGCAUUGUUACACAAGCUUUCUAAAAUUAAAGUUUGAGAUAAUCAAAAUGUGCAGAAACGCAUACAAUUCCAUUAGUGUAGGACUGGUUUUAGAAACUUAUACACAGUUUAUGCAUUUCUGAUCAUCACUGGCAUGAAUUAUCUAUUAACUUUGAGGUGUUAAAGAUUUAUUUGAAAUGUUAAUCUUCCAAACAAGAAUCUAAUCCACUGGGUCAACAUUAUGCAUUCAGCCUCUAAUGUAUACACAGAUUCCUCGUUAUUAUUUGGUCACAAAAAAAUCCUUAGCAAGUUCCAUUGUUUUCCAACUGGACAUUUAACCGCUCCUCUGUUUUAGAAGCGUUUUAGUUGAGUUUUAAAUUGGUUCGUUUCCUGGCAUAGACUCAGGAAACUAACCGAAAUCCUUCCUAAAUCAGACGCAACACUCGGGUGUCUCCAAGCCUCAAACAUCUGACUCAAAGUGUCGCCUUUGGACGAAAGGAAAUGUCUUAAAGAUUUCCGGUAGCAACCCGGAAAUCACCAAUCGCUAAGGCUCAAGUGCCUCCUGGAACACCAGCAUCGCAGUGAGCUAAGUUUACUUUCAACACGGCCCAGAAGCAAGGAAGAAAGCCUUGCUCCAAAGUCAACACCUUUGAGCCUGAAUUCACUGAUCGGCUGCCCAAACGGACAAGCUGGAUGCUUUUAUGGUCAGACGAGACAAAGAUGGUGUUGCAGAUGCAUGUGUUGAGCACGGUGGUUGCAUGAUACUGUACCUUUCCUUCUAUGACAAUGAAGAUGAAUUACCCCCCAGGGCCAACGAAAUGUAGACGCAUAACAGUGUUUUAAACUCUGGAUGAAUCAAAUUAAACCCAAGCUCAUGGCAGGAGAGCAACAUAAACAAACUAUGCAAGUUGUAUUGAGGACUACUUAUCCAAAUAUAAAGUAGGGUGUAUGAAUACAUUUUAGCCUUGCUGGAGAAACGCUUCAAAUAAAACAUCAGAAGCCUUAAAUUAGUGUAAAAUUCAUGUCAGUGUUGAGUAUAUGUAAACUUCUGACUGGGAAAAUAUAUGAACGAAAUACAUGUCAGUUUUAACUUUAGAAGUUCUACUUUUAAUUAUUUCUCAGUUCAUUGUCCACUUAUAACUGAAUAGGUUACAGUAAUUGACUGAUGAACGGAAACAUAACAUGGGCUAAAAGGCACAUUGUAUAUUUUGUACAUAGUGUUGUUGUACAUAAUGCUUAAAACAUCCUUGCUAUUGUCUAUUUCUGUCUACUUUUUUUUUUUUCAAAUUUUUGGAGGCUGUACAAAAAAAAGUACUAAAUCAUGAAAGUCAAACAACCUGCAUGCAAAGAUAUAUAUUUGCAAAGUAUGCAUUUCUUUUCAUAAAUCAAGAAAUCUACCCUGAUGUCAGUUUUGUAUAAAAAUUGUAACAUAUUUGAUGUUUUUCGCUAUAUUUUUUCAGCUUCUGUUUAAUCCUGGCUGGCCAGGAACUUGCAUGGCAGAAUCACAAUUAAAAGAGUUUACACCUCUUUGUGUCACCUCUUUUCAUAUUUCAGAUACUCACCGACAGAUCCAUUUAACUUUGACAGAAUCAAUAAAUCAUACUCCAAAACAA